AUGUCGACGGCCCUGUGCGAGAACCGCCCGAUGCCCAUCUCCUUCGGCCUCGACGGAGAGGGAGGGAGAGCGAGGAGCGCCGCGGCGGCCAUGGCGGCGCCGCUGGGGAUGGAGGCGUGGCUCGCCGAGCAGGCGGCCGCUGUGACGAAGGAGGCGGCCGAGAAGAUAGACGGGCACCUCGACAUCUGGGCCUCUCUCCUGUCCUCCAAAAGCGUCGCCGCUGCACCGCCGUAUGUCCACCCACUGAUGAAGCGGUCGGCGAGCUUCCUGAGCCAGAAGAGCUUGGAAAUCUGCACCGAGAGCCUCGGAUCUGAGACAGGCUCCGACGAUAUGGGAGACUUCCUCCCGUGGAGAGCUGGCGAUGGGGAGGAGAAGCAUCAAGCCCAUGAAGUGGAGCAGGAAGAGGACGAAGCAGAGCCGCCGCCGCCGCCGCGGAGGAGGAAAGAACUGGCGGAGGUGAACUAUCACUGCUCGAUAGGAAGGCGGUCGCCGGCGAGAUCCUUCCCGCCGCCGCUGCCAUCUCUGUCCAGCCGCGACGGGCAAUGUCUAAGCAUGAGGCCGCACCGCUGCGGCGGCCGUCUGGUGGUGGAGGCCGUUUCCGUGCCCUCCCAGAACUAUCUCCACGCCGAGCGCCACCAUGGCCGGCUCCUCCUCUCCUUCGUCGAGACUUCCUUCCGCGAGAUCUACCCUGAGAGAGAGGAGAAACCCGUGAAGAACCUUAACCAGGGAACAGAGGAAGAUGAAGACGAACUAGUACUUGAAGAUCCAAUGGAGGAGGAGGAGGAAGAAGAAGAAGAAGAGGAAGAACAGGAAGAAGAGGAAGAAGAGGAAGAAGAGGAAGAGGAAGAAGUGGAGGUGGUUGACCGCGGGAUUGUGGUGGAGGUGAAGGUGAGCAGUUCGCCGCAGCCGCAGAGCGGCGGCCUGAAGGUGCAGCGGUCGUCGGUGGUGAUCAACAAGUUCGUCAGCGUGCCAUCCACCGACGGGCACCCAUGGAUCGAAAAGAGAGAGGUGGCGGCGCUUCCACCUCAGCAGUCAGCGCCGCACAAUAACAACACCACCACCACCGCCACCGCCGUGGUAGCGGCGGCGGCGGCCGCCUCCUCCUCCCGCAGCACCGACGAGCGCUACUGGCGCGGCGGCGGCGGCGGCGGCGGCGGCGCCGCAAAGUCGGCUCAGCGCUACCCAUCGCCGGAGAAGCUCUUCUUCACGUCCAAGAGGGUGAUCAACAGGCAGGACCUGCUGCACCAGAUGAGGAGGUGCAGCGAGCACCGCCGCCCUCUCUUCAUCUGGGAGCACUGCUGCAUUGCCACAUCAUAA